UCAACAGGCCGCAGCGGACCGUCUCCCGGUGUGCAGCGCGAGAGCGUCGGUCGGGGGCCGGGAAGGCGGCGCAGGAUGAGCGCCGCGGCCGAGGUGGAGGAGCAGGUCGCGCGGCGCUACGAGGUCAAGCGCCGCCUGGGCAAAGGGGCCUACGGGAUCGUGUGGAAGGCGGUGGACCGCAAGACCGGCGCCGUGGUGGCCGUCAAGAAAAUCUUCGACGCCUUCCGGAACCGGACCGACGCGCAGAGGACCUUCCGGGAGAUCAUGUUUCUUCAGGAAUUUGGAGAGCAUCCAAACAUCAUCCGGCUCCUGAACGUCAUCCGGGCUCAGAACGACAAGGACAUUUACCUGGUCUUUGAGUCCAUGGAGACUGAUUUGCACGCUGUGAUCAAGAAGGGGAAUUUAUUGAAAGACAUUCACAAGUGCUACAUCCUAUAUCAGCUCCUGAAAGCCACCAAAUUCAUCCAUUCAGGAAACGUCAUUCACAGGGACCAGAAGCCUUCCAACAUCUUGCUGGAUGCGGACUGCUUUGUUAAGCUGUGUGACUUCGGACUGGCGCGUUCCCUGUGCCAGAUCCACAAGGACCAAGCCAGCCCCGCGCUUACCGAAUACGUGGCUACUCGCUGGUACCGCGCCCCUGAGAUUCUGCUGGCCUCUCACAGCUACACCAAGGGGGUGGACAUGUGGAGCGUCGGCUGCAUCUUGGGGGAGAUGCUUCUCGGGAAGCCAUUGUUCCCAGGCACAUCCACCGUCAAUCAAAUCGAGCAGAUCCUGCGGGUCAUUCCUCCCCCCUCCCCGGAAGACGUGGCCGCCUUCCGUUCAGACUACCGUGCCUCCGUCAUCAACCGCCUGAGCUCCCAGCAGCAGGUGACCUUCGAGGACCUCUUGCCAACCUCCACCCCCCCACAGGCCCUGGACCUCCUGAAGCGGCUCUUGGUGUUUAACCCCGAGAAGCGGCUCACGGCGGAAGAGGCCCUGGAGCAUCCUUACGUGCGAAGGUUCCGCUGCCCCGCCAAGGAGCUGGCUCUCAACUACAGCGUCCUCCUUCCCCUGGAUGACGACGUGCAGCUCUCUGUGGCGGAGUAUCGCAAUAAGCUGUACGAGAUGAUCCUGGAACGGAAGGCCCAGAACCGGCAGCAGCUGCAGAGAGCGAAUCUGCGGCCCGCCUCCUCUGUGGCCAGCCCCUCCCUCGAAGCCAGCAGUGAGACGCAGGGAGUGCCACGGCCCCUUCCACCAAAUGGCUCCCCCCAACGCCUGGGAGCCACAGUGGCUUGCGGGUCUUUCCAACGGAGAGCCAGUGAGACUGGAAGGCCCAAGAUCAGGUCAGCGGCCUGCAGCCCCACAGCCCACGCUGCUGCCCGUGGUAGCCUGGCUCCUGGCCACGUGGCCACGAGGAAUCUCCGUGUGCCACUUCUCCCGCAGCCGGCAGCCGCUCCCAACCGGAGAGUGGGGGAACAGCCCUUCUGUGUGCCUGCGAACAGCCUGGCCCCGCUCUGUGGCGGGCCGGAGGGGCCAGAGGGGCAAAGCCAGGCCCUGUCUCAGCCGAGGCCCCUUUCGCUGUCUGGCCAGGCACAGGAAGCAGCUCUUAACCAGCCCUUGAUGAGGAUGGAGCCUCCUUUCAGCAAGGCCGGGGCGCAUCCAAGGAAUUCCGAGUCCCAUGGGAGGGAAGCUCAUCCCGUUCCAAAGCCCUGCAGAAAGAUGUUCCAGGUCACAGCCAACGUGGGCACGGCUGGGGAUGCCAAGGCCCGCCUGGGCAGUUACUCCCAGUCCUACGGGACCAUCUGUAAGUCUGCUCUCCAGAGCCUGCCAGUAGCAAAUGGAUGCCAGCGCCUGCUGGCCCCCAAUUCCCCGCUGCUCUGACCCGGCCAGCCCUGGCCUGCUCCCAGCACCCCUCGGGCAGGGCCAGGCUGGGCCUUUCCUGGCACUGCACGGGGGGGGGGGGGGGGCGUCCUCCUGCUUCCUUCUUACAGAGGAGGCCUGCGCAGGGCCCGUGGCUGAGCCCUCCGCAUUGGCAGUGACGCUCAGCGACUCUCCCUCGGCCACGUUGGGCUUCGCUUCACUCUGCUGAGGGCGAGGGUUAGGGUUACCCCAGAAGCCAGAGGGGAUGGAGAGGAGGCUGGCUGGGGCUGGCUGCGUCUCGGGCCCUGGAUAACCGUACAGGGGCUCUCUUCGCUCUCUUCCCCUUGCCGUCUCUCAAAUGGCCACUACACGUGUAUUUAUUCUUGUAUGGAUUUUAAA